UGUAUUUAUUUGAAUGGGAUAGGCUUCGCCCAAUCGUCCAAUGUGUUCUCUUGAGUCUUAAUGUGUAGCGUUACUUUCUUACUUCUUGCUGUUUCUAGAUUGUGUUAAUACAACGUGGGACAAUCAUUGCACGGGGAAAAUGUUGAUCUUGGACGCAGCAAAGACUUGCCACAUGUGACGUGCUGAAUUAUUAUGGCCGCUGGACAUCAUGAUGGCAAAGAAGCAGAAUUCCAACGGCUUCCUCGCGACCUUCCUCGCGGCCCUAGUGCCAAGAAGAACAUGAGGGAGGUGGAUUAUAUAAAUAAAGAAGGAAUAGAUAAAGACAGGUUUCCAGUCGGCCGUGGUGUACACAUCUCAAACAAAGCCAAGCGAGUGGUGGUGUGCAAGCGGAGGUCGAGGCACUCUCUGGGGGCAGGCGGGGCGAGCUCGGGGCCGCGGCGGAGAGGGCCCAGCCUCGCAGGCCGGCCCUGUGACAUGGCCAACAAGGAGAACGAGCUGACCUGCGCCUCCGGUGAUGUGCAGGCUGCCCGCCACUACGACAACUGCGGCUUCCCCGUCAACUCUGUGGAGGCUUCCAAAAUGGCAGGGCCUGGCUCCAAAUACAGUGACUUCUUCACCGAGAUUUCGAAGGACCAUGUUGAAAUGUCACAUGCUCUGUUUGGAAGGAGCAUUAAACUCAACGUUGCUUUAACACUUUGGCGGAAAAGUGCAAGUGAACUAGUGGCUUACUUAAUCAGAAUACAAGACAGGGGAGUACUGGUUGACUGCCUUCCUUUUCUUACAAAAAGCCUUGAAGAUGAACAGUCUUGCUUAACUGCUGGCUGUUGUGUAGAUCUUUUACCACAAGUGAAGACUGUUCUUUCCAGUGAAUAUGAAGAACACUUGAUUGUGGCUUUACACUGGAUUCAUUUGCUCGUUAAAAGAUGGUGGCCUGAGCUUUCUGCCAAUGGCAAAAACUUGCAAGACGUCUGUCCAUGUGACAGCAAUAUUCAGGUCCUGAAGCAGCAGCUUAAGGAGUUAUGGGGGGAAGGAUGUCCGUUAAGUUUAGUUCCAGGAACUACGGGUGAAAUGGCAAAGGCGAUUGAGUCUUACCUCUCACAGUUGCGCUGAGGCAUGGAUGUAGCACACUGAGGAUGCAACCACUACAGUCAUCACUUGCUGCAGUUUUUCGGCUGCUUUCUUGCCAACUCAGAAAAAGGGUUGGGUGGACUUAAAAGGAUGUACCAAAUUCCCACAGCACUUGCCUAUGACAUCAGAGGGGGACUGAUGAACUGUCCAAUUCAGACACUCCCUGACGGGUAAACGAACUGAAGACAUUCAAUGGAAGGCCAGGAAGCCUUCUUGUGAGCCAGGAAUGGCUGCUUCACAUUGAAGUGGAUUGCCGUGGUAGAGCGAGAAGGAGAGGGAGGUGGGUGAGAGAAGUCACAUUCAACUCCAUGAGGACUGCCUGUCUGAAAGCAGGCGACUCCACAAAGUGCCAACCUCUCUUUCCUCGCACCACUGCCGUCAUGCUGUAAUGGCGCUCAUCUGCGUAGUCGGAUGAUUGUAUUUAUACCACUCCACCCUGUAACCCCCCUCCUUCCCUCCCACCACCUCCUGUUUUAACUCUGAUGUCUUCAAUCAAGAACUUGAACUGCAGCGGUCUUAAGUUAUUGUCUUGUUGGCCUGUUCAUGAAUGACUUGUAUGUGUAAAUGCACAUAAUGAUUCCUUUUAAUCAACUUUUUUGAAAUAAAUUUUAAAUUGCA